GGAGGAGGGAGGGAUAGCGAGAGGUUAGAGAGAUAGACAGGUUAAAGAGAUGGAGGGAGGGUCAGGUGCAGAACAGUGAUAUAAGUGAGGCAGACAGACAGACUGAGGGAGAGCUGAAGAGGGCCAGGGGGAAAUGAGUGUUGCGUUCCCAGCGUUUCUGCCCUCAUUUUCUGCUCCACAUCGUUUGGACAAUAGGAUGGGCUCACCCUCUGUCCCCUGACUGUCUCCCCUUACCCUGGCCAUCUCCUCUCCACUGUCCUCUUUCACUGCUUAGCAGCUGAACUGGCCUGUUGGAAGUGGCUUGACACACUGACACAGAAAGAUGGGGGGAGAGAGAGAAAGGGAGGUAGAAUGAGAGGGAAAUGGUUGGCGUCCACUCCUGUGUUCCUGUUAUGUUUGGUCCUAUUCACUGUCAGUUCUCCCUGCUGAGACUGAGCCUCUGUCUCACACACGCAGGCGCACAAGCAAGCAGUGUUUCCCAAUAUGUUUCAGUACCAGGGACAGGCAAGCAAUGCUCCUCCCUCCUUAGAGUAGCCAAGUGCCUAGAUGAAACUGUAGAAUGGAAUAAAUCAAUGUCAGGAGGUCAGCAACAUACUCCCAAGGACCAGGGAUUGACACACUGCUUUAAACUCAGCCUCUACAACUGAUUAUGGAUGAUUAGCCUAUGCAUGCAGAAAGGAGGUAUGAGUACUCCGUCAGGUCGUAAGAGCCCCGUGGACUACGGGGUUCAGAUCCGCUUCAUCAACGACUCAGGAGGGGGGCUCCCCUCGACCCAGCUGAGAUCCAAGCCCCCCUCCACCUCUAAGUACGGGGUGGCUGUCAGGGUCCAGGGCAUCGCUGGACAACCCUAUGUGGUUAUGAAGGACGGGGGCCCAAAGGGAGAUUCGUAUGGGGUGCAGCUCCGUACCCACUACCCCCCGGGUUACGGCAGUUUGCUCCGCAGGAGAGACGGAGAGGAGGGAGAGGGUGGAGGAGGGCAGGGAGGGGCGUUACGCAGAGCACAGUCACAUGGUUCAUUACUGGAGAGUGAGGGGGGAGGAGGAUUUGGGAGACCACCAGGGGAUGGGAGGUCUGGUAGCUAUGGGAACCUGGAUGGAGGGAUUGGGGUUGCGGAAGAGAGAACGGAUAGAGGGGGGUAUGGGGAGGGGGGUAUGGGGAGGAAUAUAAUGUGUGGCUCGUAUCAGUCCGGGCUCAACGGGUCACUAGGGAGGGGAGGGGGCAGUCAGUAUGCCCCUGACCUCCAUCCUUCCCAAACAGAGCAGCCCACCCUGACCAUGGCACACCCCCACCCCCAGAGCCUUCCUUACCCAGCACAGCCCCACCCCCAGAGCCUUCCUUACCCAGCACAGCCCCACCCACAGAGCCUACCUUACCCAGCACAGCCCCACCCCCAGACCCCUUUCAACAGACUGAUCAGCAGGUUUGACAGCAACAGCAGUACUAGAGAACAACAGAGGGGGCGCUCUCCUGUAGCAGAGGACCCUAGAGACACCAUCUCCCCUUCCCUCGCCCCCAACCCCUAUUCCUCCUCUUCACCAUCUCUCACUCCCAAUCCCUACUCCUCCCCUCCCUCCUCCACUCACAGCAGCCUGGGACGGGGCCAAGGCUCCGUCAGCAAGGCAACGUCCCACCCAGCCAAUCAGCGGGCUCUGCCGGGGAGGUUUGUCUCUGUGGAGAUGCCGUCAGCCAAUCGGACAGACCCGCUGGUGACCCCUGACCUUCUGCUUCAGAGUUCAGAGGUCACCAGUGAGGAGGAACAGGUCAUGCAGACCAUCUACAGCGUCCUCAGAGAAGGGACUAGUGAGAGUGACUCAGUCAUCAGACACAAAGUCAGGGUGAUCUUCCAGAAGAUCCAGGGACUUAAGCCCAGUGAGAGCUCUGGUGAGGAGUGGAGGAGAGAAAAGAGGGAUCUGGAGAAGAUGAUGAUGGAGCUACAGACCUCUCUACAGGAGGAGAGGAGGGGCUCUGUGGGCAGCUCUGACCCUGUGUUAAAGGCAGAGCUGGAGUCAUGUCUGGAUGAGAACAUGCAGCUCCAGGAGACUGUGGACAGGAAGAAGACUGAACUACAUCAGACACAUGCUGAGCUGAGUCAGUUGCGUAUGGAGAGAGAGAGUGCUGAGUCCAGAGUCAGAGAGAUGGAGGACCGACUGCUUGAGCUACAGGAGGAGCUGAGGACAGAGAACGGCAACAAGACGGACCUGGUGACGUGUCAAGCGUCUCUGUUGGAGGUGUCCAUGUUGAAGCAGAAGCUGGAGGAUUCUCUGAGACAUAGAGAGAGGGAGCUGACGGCUCUGAAGGGAGCUCUGAAGGACGAGGUGGCCACGCACGACAAAGAGAUCGAGACACUUCGAGAACAGUACAGCACUGACAUGGAGAGACUGAGGAGUACCAUGGAGCAGGUCUCACAGUCUCAGGCGGGUAUUGAGUCAGAGCGGUUGCGUGUGAAUGCAUCGGUGCGUACUCUACAGCAGCAGCUGGAAGACUGCAGGGACGAGAGUGGCCACUGGAUGACGCAGUUCCACAGUACUAGAGAUGAACUACGGACCACCAAACAGGAGAUGCUGCAGGCUCGUCUGGAGAAAGAGGAGCUCGAGGAAGAACUGAACCAAGUACAGGAGAGAGUCAACACCAUGAAACAGCAGAUACCAGACCCCAGUCAUACACACACACUCAACCAGGAGCUGCAGAGUUUGCGUGCCGAUCUGCAGCAGGCCCAAUCAGAGGCAGAGAAGAAAAGGGCGGAGCUCGAUAAAAAGGUCAUGGAGGUAAUCUCCCUGAAGAAGGCCAACCAGGAGCAGGAGGCGGAGCUCAAGUAUGAGAUGGACAGGCUGAGGGGCCAAUCAAAUCGAGCCAAAGAGGAUCUAGCCAAAGCCCAGGAGAGAACCAAACAGCUCCCUGACCCGUCGGUAGUGUCUGGCCUGCAGUCAGAGCUGACUGAUGCUCGUGGGGAGAGAGACAGACUGGGAGAGAAACUCGCCAGCACUGAGCAGGAGCUGCAGUCAAACACAGAGCGGCUGGCCAGAACCCAGACAGAACUAAACGCUCUCAGAGAAUCACAGCAGGAGCAGGAGGCAGCUAACACACGCCUCCGAGAGAAACUCUCACGCCUGGAGGCUCAGCUGGCUUCCAGUGCAUCAGAGAGUUCGGAGGCAGAGCUGUCCCUCCAGGCGGAGUUGAGAGGGCUGAGGCAGGAGCUUGACGAGGCCAGGAGAGGAGCCUCUCGGCUGGGCCAGGACCACCUGCAGCUCAGCCUGCGUCUGGAGGACAGGGAGAAGGAGAGGGACCAGCUCACACAGACCAACACACAGCUGGAGGAACAGAGGAGACAGCAGGAGCGGUCCCUGGACAAACUCAAUAAGGAGUUUGAAUCUUUGUCCCAGUCGUCUGGUGAGGAGGUGCAGGUUCUCAGAGCCCAGCUGGAGGAACAGAGAGAGAGAUCUCGCAGGGAGACACAGGAGGCCCAGAGGCAGGGCAACGACAGACUGGUAGAACUGGAGAGGAGCCAGACCUCCCUCAAGAGACUGGAGGAGGAGGCAUCCCGUCAGAAGAAGGAGCUGCUCUCUGUGGUUGAGGAGCGAGACAAUGUUCAGCUGGACAAGGAACUGCUCACCAACCGCCUGCACCACCUAGAGGUUGAACUGGAGAACAGCAGGAGCAGCCUCACAGACAAGAGCAGGGAGCUCCGCAGCACGGAGGACAAGAUGAAACGACUGGAGCUGGAGCUGGAGGAGGAGAAGGGAUCUGUGGAGCUACUCACUGACAGAGUCACCAGGACCAGAGACCAGAUGGAGCAGCUGCGUUCAGAGCUGAUGCAGGAGAGAUCCUCCAGACAGGACCUGGAGCUGGACAAGAAUGCCCUAGAAAGACAUAUGAAGGAGUUGAAGACCAGAGUAUCUGAUAUGGAGGGUCAGUCUCGCUCCUCUGUAGGAGUGGCUCAGCUGGAGAGUAAAGUUCAUGAGUUGGAGGAACGCCUCCACAGUGAGGAUAGGGAGAAGAACUCCAUGUUGUCGUCUCAGCGUCGCCUGGAGAAGAAACUGAAGGAGCUCAACUUUACCCUGGAGGAAGAGAGACACCAACACACAGAACAGAGAGACCAGCUGUCUCUGCGUGUGAAGGCUCUGAAGAGACAGGUGGAUGAGGGGGAGACAGAGGUAGAGAGGAUGGAGGGAUUGAGGAGGAAGGCCCAGAGAGAGAUGGAGGAACAGAUGGAACUAAAGGAGGCCUUGCAGGGCAGAGUCACCGCGCUGGAGACUGAGCUCAAGAGGAAGGUGCAGCAGGCGCAGCGUCAGGCCCUGGACUCGUCGGCUAUGAGCUCUGACGAAGAUGAUGAAGGCCUGUAUGACCCCUCCAGCAUCACAUCCAUCCUCACUGGGAGCAACCUUCACACCAGCUCCUGCUAGAGGGAGGGAGGGGUAGUGGCAACCUUCACACCAGCUCCUGCUAGAGGGAGGGAGGGGUAGUGGCAGCCUUCACACCAGCUCCUGCUAGAGGGAGGGAGGGGUAGUGGCAGCCUUCACACCAGCUCCUGCUAGAGGGGGGGGUGGGUAGUGGCAACCUUCACAUCAGCUCCUGCUAGAGGGGGGGGUGGGUAGUGGCAACCUUCACACCAGCUCCUGCUAGAGGGAGGGAGGGGUAGUGGCAACCUUCACACCAGCUCCUGCUAGAGGGAGA